AUGCACCUGGCAGCGCUCUCCACCAUUCUGCAGAGGUUUGGUAAGAGUAUCAACCAGGUCUGCUUUCUGAUAAGUGAUAACAGUGCUGUGAAUAAGCGUCUGGCUCGCAUCAUGGGUGUGCCGCUCGUGGGCUGCGCGAGUCACCGACUAAACCUGGCAGUCCGCCUGUACACGGCCCCACUGGAGAACGCGCUGGCUGGCAUCCAGAAGCUCAUGGUCAAGCUGAGAACUCUGAAUCACGCGGCGAAACUACGUUUCAAGACGACACUUCGCCCUGUGCUGCGCAACGACACUCGCUGGAGCUCCACCUUUGCGAUGCUCGACCAUUACGUGCGGCUUUUGGAGUUCAUCGACCGCGAGGACGAUGCUGUAGCGGAGCUGCUCCCGUCUCCCAGCGUGCACAAAAAGCUCAAGGGCCUCCUGGAAGACCUCAAGCAGUUCGAAUCAGUGUCCAAUCGUUUAAAGUCCGAGUCGGUAUCGCUGUGGGAGGUGCGGGUCAUGUUCGACGCGCUAAUCGCCGAGAAACCUGCUCUCAAGCAAUACCUUGGACCGCGGGCGGAUAUUGUGGCGUCUCCCGACUUUGAGUCUGCCUGCCUUAUCAACGUCAUCCCUCCCACCUCCAACCUGACCGAGCGUCUCUUCAGCAUGGCGAGAUCGACUUUUGGCCUGGAGCGCCACUCGCUUUCGGCGCAGUCGAUCGAGAUGAUCCUCUUCUUAAAGGUAAACAGGUCUUACUGGGAUGCCCCGUUAGUGCACGAAAGCAUUAAGGUUUUUUAA